CACAACAACAAGACGCAGGAACAAUGAUGUUAACAAUAACAAUGAUAAUAGCAACAAGCGAGCAGUCAGUCGCAGCAGCAGCAGCAACAGCCAGAACAUUAGACUCAAAGCACCAACGUGGUUCGUAGCGCCAGUCAAAAAAAAAAAAAAAAAACGAAAACAAAAAAACAACAGUUCGAAACAGCUAAAAGACAGCCCAACAGCCAAUCAGGCCAUAUACUACCAACCAACCAACCGACCAGCCAUACCCACACAUCCAUACAAUGUGACGUUGGCAACCGGUCGCCCGCUCAGCCAAACAUCCAAUUGUCCGUUUCUUCCUACAUUUGUCCAACAACUCAACGCGGCGGCGUUCAAAUGUUCCACUGUCUGUUGGUGCAUACGUCCGUCCGUUGGAACGUUCAUAUGUCUACACCCUGUUUUUUACUGCCCAUUUCUAGCAUGCACACACACAUAUAUAUGUAGGUAUGUAACGCGUCUUGUUGCUGCAACUGCAAAUGCAUUGUGAGCGUGCGUAUGGUAUGGCUGUGUGCGUGCCCGCGUGUGUGUGUUUGGGUUAGUGCGUGCGCUUAAUGAGGCUGAUAAAAAAGUGUACAAUAACAGCAGCAACAACAGCAGCAGCUUUGAAAAUAGAAAACAAAAAAAUAAAUCAUCAUCUGACAUUUCUUCCUUUCAAUUAUAGUGUUUACACACUUUUACGAAGCGUGUGAUUUUGCAAUAAAUUUUUUCUACAUUCUUUUCCGCAUAAAAUCUAAUCAAUUCAAUGUAUUUUAUGUAGUUAGCAGCGCUGCUGGGAGGAGCGGAAGCAAAAGCAUAAAGUGGCAAUAAAAGCAGCAAAACAAAAAUCAAAUAACUUCAAAAAUCUAACUACCGCCUGACAGCAGCAACAACAACAACAUCACGCAAUUCAAAGUGCAUUUUCGCGAAAUUUGUUUUAAGCGCGUACUUACACCUAUACAUAUACACGCAUGUAUGUGUGUCCAUCUGUGCGCAUUUGUAUCUCUUUUUAUUAGUUGCAAAAAUCAGUUGAAGAAAAAAUUGCUAGGCAUCAAAGUAAAAGCGAUUCCAUACAGCAAAAUUAGUUGUUAAAAAAUUUAAUGAAAAAAAAAUAUAUAAAAUUAAAUUUAAAAAAUAAAACGGAAUGAAAAAAUUAAAUUUUUUAUAAAAGUAAACGGAUUCUAAUCAAAAUUCUCGUCGCCUUACAAACAAACUAAUUAAAUAAAUCAAUAAAAAUAUAUGCAGCAUAACGCCCAGCAGCAGCAGCUCGUGUUGAUUGCAUAGCAUUUUGUUGCAACCAACCAUCAGCGCGCAUGCCACAAUGCCGUCGGCUGUGCAACACACCAGCUGAAAGCGUAAAACGAUUCGUGUAACGGCGGCAUUCCAGUUUUGUUUGGUUUUUGCAAUACUCUACACGCCCGUGAUUAAUUACGACCGAGGUAAAUUUCGCUUGUUGUUCUCGGCUUUGAAGGCAGCCUAAUCCAGGUCAAAACACCGACAUUUAUAGCAACCAAUGCCGGCAGGAAACCUCGAUCACACAAAACUAUAUGCGAUUUGUUGCUGGAUGCUUUGGUCACUGGUCACCGGUCACUGGUCAAUUGUAACGCAAGGAGAAUGUGUUCGAUUUUUCAUAAUCGCAUAAACUUUCGCGGUUUGCGCAGCAACUCGAGUGGCAGCAAUAGUAGCGGCAGCAACAUUAGUGAGAGCAUUAGCAGUUUAACCAAAGAACUGGACGCAGAUCGCAAUAAUAAUGGCGGAGGCGUGGGCAACAAUGAGCUCAACGGCGGGGAAACGACGUUUCAGAAUGACUGCAAAACGGAGAGCAUUUUACCUUUGAAGAGCGCCACCUCCACGCCAGAUAGUGCCUCUGACGAAAAUACUGAUCCACAGUGCAAUAUGCCUGCCGCCAACGAAGAGCUGGUGGGCGAGCGUAGCAGCGUAGAACGCGACGAUGGCGAAGAGGAGCUUGAGGCGACGGGUGAUAGCAAUGAGGCAUUGGAUUUGUCCGUGCUGCCGGGGAAUCGACUGCCGGUUAGUGGUCAUGUAGCAUUGGAGGCUUUACAACACACCAAAGUGGCGGUGGCGCAAUUUGCCGCCUCAGCGCUGAGUGGCGCACAAAAUUAUGGCGAAGCGAUGAGCGAGCUGGCAAUGGUACAGUCGACGAUACUGAAUGUGCAGCGGCAGCACCUCAUGCAACUGCAGCUCAUACAACACCUGCAGAGUCAGCUAAAGCGUGCAAGUGACGCGGAACAGCUGGACGAUGAGCAAACUGAUGAGUUAGAGCAGCAGCACUCCGUGCCAAAGAGACGAUUACUACAAUCGCCACAGUUGGAAACGGAGGAGAAGACGCUCGACAAAGUCGUGACUAAAAUGGAGCGACGGCAUGCAAUAGACAACACAAGCCCACACAGCGCAAGUGAAGUUGUCGAAUCAUUGAGACCACUGAGACCAGCGUCUACGUCAAAAGAUGAGAAUACAAAGACUGAAGAAUCAACAAGUGCAAUCGCGAGCUUGGACAUGCAAGUGAGAAAGAGCGGAAGUACGAAGACGCUAAGCAUGGGCAAUAUAAGCCACGAUACCGUUGUUACACCGCUGCCCAACUCCACCAUCCACAACAAUAAUUACCAGCCUUUGAUGUGCGACAUUAGCUCCUCGCUCGCUUCCAGCAUUAUCACCAAUCAUGAUCCACCACCUGCUCCCAAUGAACCCAAUUGCUUGGAGAUGCUACAACGUCGCACUGAAGAGGUGCUUGAUUCAGCCUCGCAAAGUCUGCAUGCCUCUCAUCUGCAGGACGAGUAUGAGUAUACGCAAAAGGAUGCGCAGAGCAGGGGUGAAAUAUUUAAACAUCGCUGCAAGUACUGUGGCAAGAUUUUCGGCUCCUUUUCCGCAUUGCAGAUCCAUCUACGCUCUCAUACUGGCGAGCGCCCUUUUCACUGUAAUGUCUGUGGCAGUAAAUUCACCACAAAAGGUAACCUGAAAGUCCACUAUCAACGGCAUACGCAAAUUUUUCCGCCAAUGCUAUUGGCGCCGGGACCGGGUGGCACAGUAGUAGAACAGUUUCCCGCAUACGGCGCACCGAUUGGUGGACCAUUGGUCAGAUUACCCGUGUCUAGCGAAGCAAAGGCAAUAGGUGUUGAAGAGCCUGUGUUGAGCACACAAAAGGAAAAAGCCGAAGAGUUGACACACCAGUCAACGUCUAAGCCAGUAAUACAACCAGAGGAGCCACACUCGCCUGAUGAGACUCCGCAGGAUUUAAGUAAGCCACAUCAUUCACCUGAAAGACACGAAAAUUCCGAGACCAUAGCACCAUGCAUUUCGCCAAAGACGCCCUCGAUAACGAAGCAAAUCGCCGAGGCGAAACUUGAUAAACCGGAACGCCCAACCAGCCACCAUUCGCUACACGCCCAUCACCCGCCGAAACGCAGCAGCAGCACGCGGAAACGAAGUUCUCGGGCCAACACGCCGCACUCCGGUGUCAGUGAAUCACGUAAGUCACAUGCACACGAAGAACGUGACCGUGAACGCGAACGAGACCGUGAUAGGUUGGUGGAAGGUGGCGAGUUUACGCCCAAAUCUACAUCGUCUCUACGCCGCUCAUCAUUGAGUCGCAACUCAAGUAACAGCGGCCUCGAGCCGCACAUCUCCUCGGAAUAUUCGUUGGCGCAGAUGGAACGCAUUAUUGAUAAAUCUUGGGAGGAUCUAAUCGAAAUCGAUACCACUUCAGAGACUUCAAAGCUGCAACAGCUGGUCGACAAUAUUGAGAACAAGCUAACCGAUCCCAAUCAGUGCAUCUUCUGUCACAAGGUGAUGUCAUGCCGCAGCUCAUUGCAAAUGCAUAUACGCACACAUACCGGCGAACGACCCUUCCGCUGUAAAAUUUGCGGGCGUGCCUUUGCAACCAAGGGCAAUCUGAAGGCGCACAUGAGCAUUCACAAGAUCAAGCCACCGAUGCGCAGCCAAUUCAAGUGCCCUGUGUGCCAUCAAAAGUUCUCGAAUGGUGUGAUACUGCAGCAACACAUACGCAUACAUACCAUAGAUGACGGCAGUGGUGUCUUGGCUGGCUUGCCUGGUGUCGCCUUGAAUGGUGGUGUGCUCGGCACAUUUUCGCUGCCGUUAGGUGCGCUACCCGGCGCAGCUGGCAACGCCGAGGCAGUGGCGGAGCACAAUGCUCGUAUGAAAGCUCACAUGGAUGCAGCGAUCGAGGAUCAGAACUCGAACAAGUCUAUGGGCACCUCGGAUAAUUUUGACUUCUCCACCACCUCCGAUUAUUCAGGCCAGCGUUCGGAAUCAUCACAAGGGGACUACGAUGACUUCAUGACUAUGGAUAGCACGGAUGACUCGCGCGAGAAUAUGAAUUCAUUAACGCCUUUCGAUCGUCGUCUGGUCGAUGAAUAUGCUGACGAACGUGCACACGAGGGAGGAGAACGUGGCGAGAGCGGGGAGUUACCGAAUCCAGUGGCUGCUAUGGCGGCUGCGGCUGCUAUGGAUCUUUCGGCACGCGGUUUCCCUGCAAAUGGCAUGUCACAGAAGGCGCUUGAACAACUGCCCAUGUUGGGUAUGUCACCGAAUUUUCUGCUAAUGGCGGCGGCGCGCGAGGAGAUGCAAAUGUUGGGUGCGCAUGCAAAAUUUCCGCUUUUGCCUUUUGGACCGCUCGGCUUUAUGGGUUUACAUCCCCAAACGCAUUUAUGCAACGUGUGUUACAAGAUAUUCCCCAACCCAGCAGCUCUCGAGCGCCACACACAUAGCGAACAUACCAAAGAUGUUGCUAAUAACAUAACAACAACUACAACAACCAUAGCGACAACGAUAUCAACUACUACAGCAGCUAGCAGCAAUAACAACAGCAAUGCAACCACGACAAGUGGCGCAGUUACGGCGAAUAAUACAAGUCGUUCUACGAAUUGUGAUAGGACAUCACCAUACAAUGCGAAGCCUUGUCACAAAUAUGGUGCUUGCAUCAAAGUAUGA